CCCCGACUCGCUCGGGGACAAGGUGCUGCACAUUCCGCUACUUUCUAAGGCCUUUCGCUCCAUUCCGAAAAAUCAGCUAUUGAACCGCAGUCAACAGACGGGCGUGAACGCCAACAUGAACACCACCUUCAACUCUGCGCUGAAACAGCGCACAACAAUCCGCAAAGACCUCUCAGCCCUCUCCGCCACCGAUGGCACCCCUUCACAAACCCCAACGCCAGCCGCGCUAGGCUCCCUGUCCGCGUCCAUCACGGCCUUCUCGCGCACCAUCGACGAGUACAACACGCUCGCAAAACAAGAGCUCAACCCGGCCAAGCAAGAAAAGGCCUUUGAGCGCAUCCGCGACUUCCGCGCCGAGCUGUCCGAGUUCCGCGCCCAGCUCGACGCCCUGAAAGCCGCCCGCGAGGAGGCCGCACACGCCGAUAACAGAGCCGAGCUGCUCGGUCGCCGGCCCUUCGCUGCCGCGACACCCGAAAAUCCGUACGCGAGCACCAGCCCUGCGGCGUCGACGUCUGGGUAUGGAUUUGGAGGAGGUGGUGGUGGUGGGGGUGGGCAUGCGCCGACGACGAGCAUAGCUGAGGCUGGGACAGGGAGGGUAGGUGGGUUGUCGGCGACGUUGGGGAGCGGGGAUGUCACCCGGGAGGCGCAUGCGUUUAGGGAACAGCAGUUCUUUGCCAGCACGCACUCGGCGCUGGAUGACUACAUUGCCCGCGGCCAGGCGGUGCUGGGGGAUUUGAACCAGCAGAGGGACAUUCUCAAGUCGACGCAGCGGAAGCUGUACUCGGUGGGGAAUACGCUGGGGAUUUCGGGGGAUACCAUUCGUAUGAUUGAGCGCCGGGCGAGGCAGGACAAGUGGAUUUUUUGGGCUGGGGUCGUGGUGUUUUUCCUCUUUUGCUGGCUGGUGAUACAUUACCUGCGGUAACGUUGGGGAUGGGACCGUGGGGUUCCGUGUGGGUGGGUGCUGUGCUGUCGGUUGGCGUGUGAGUGUACAAACAUCUCUACUGUCAUCUAGCGAGGAGUUGGGGCUCUGGGUGUAGGCGCGUGCUGCUUCGCCAUGGGAUAUUAACCAGGACAUUAAUCUUGGAAGUGUUGAUGGGCAAAGGACAUGCCACCCCUGAUUUGAUCCGUUUCUGGGUCAGGUAUUUGUUUGCCGCGUCGCUGUAUUGUACCGGUAGCCCUACGCCCGCCUCAGCGCAAUCGUAAAGAGCACAUCUCUGCUCGUCGUCACCU